AUGAUAGGCUCACUUCUUCGAGUUGCCAGGGGCUUCGAAGAUCUACCGGGAAACGAAGCAUGUGCUACGUUCAAACUGACAACGGAGCUUCUCGAUCGGCCAGGAGGUCUCAUGCAAACACUGUUAGAGGCAUUCGAAGACUUCCUGAUCCUGGCAUCAGUGAGACUCGGUAAUGGCCUGAACCUAACUCGCCAACAGUUAGAGCCACUUCAUCAUAUCAUUGAAUUCCACAUCACGCUGGUUAAUGAUCUGUUUUCCUUCGACAAGGAGAAACGAGCGGCGGUGACCGAAGGCGCUCUCCUACUGAACACGGUCAACUAUCUAGAACAGGUAUUAUCAGUGUCGUCGCCUUUUGCCAAAGACCUCACCUUGCGUCUGAUGCUUGAUAUCGAAUCUAAGCUUCAGGAUGAGCUCGGCCAAUUGUCGCAGAUUGACACAUUGAGCGAGUCUCAAGUCCGAUGUGCUCACGCGUUGGUCGAAUGCGCGUCGGGAAAUAUGCUCUUCUCGGUUGAUUCCAUUUGGUAUGGAAAAGAAAUUAAUGGGCCUACCUAG